AUGCUUGCAAUCGGUGUUGCUGCUCUGGGCCUCGUCGGCCCCGCCCUUGGCCUUACGCCUCUGGAGACCUUCUACCCGCCUACUCUGAAUGAGACGUCGUACAUCAAUGACACCUCAAUUGGCACCUAUGGAGGAAUCUACAAGGCUGCCACCGACGGCCCAGCCGCUGGUUCCCCCUAUGGAACCUAUGAUUACUGCUCCAUGCCUCACCCCCGUGAGAAGGAAUACCAGAUGCCCGCAGCCCUAACCAACGGCUCUGCCAAGGGAAAGCUCGUGUACCUGGAGUAUCUCCAGCGCCACCAGAGACGCACCCCGUACAACAUUCUGCCAGGUGGAGAGAACCAAGACUACGAAUGUGACAAUGUUCGUCCCUAUCUGUAUGCGGGUCCCGACAGCGCAAGUGGUGUUCAGCCAGUUCCUAUGUAUGCCCAGACAUACACGGAUCCGUCUAACCCCUUUGUCUACGAGGUGAAUGGCACCUGCCAGUACCCUCAGAUCACUGUCGGCGGUGUCCAGGACGGUUACCAGCACGGCAAAGAUAUCUGGGCCGUCUACGGUGAAAAGCUUGGCCUUAUCCCGAAGACCCCCAACAGCCGUGUCUGGUUCCGCUCCAGUGAGUCGGCAUUGACACAGGGCUCUGCAGGUGCUGUGCUUCGUGGAGUUUGGCCUAACUACCAAGGCGCUCUGCCUUUGCACCAGAUGGAGUCAUCUGUUGACACCGUCAACGAGGGCUACUCUUGCUCUGCUAUCGACACCACCCUUGACGCCAUUGAGUCAACCACCGAAUGGAACGCUCAUCUCAGUGUCACUGCAGAGCUCCGCUCUACCCUGGGCUCCAUGCUCGGUGCUACUUCAAGCUCGUGGCAGGAUACCUUCGACCACUUCUCUGACAACUUCCAAGGUCGCCUGUGCAAUGGCUACGAUUUGCCUUGCAGCAUGACCAACUCUUCCGAUUGUGUCACCAUGGAGAUGGCCGAAGAGGUCUUCCGUGCUGGUGAUUGGGAGUGGAACUACUACUGGCGUACCAACCCGGAUGUGGUUAAGUACAUCCAGGUCGUCGAGGGUCUUUUUAUCGGCGAAAUCGUCACUCACUUGCAGGCUGUUUUGAACGGCAAGUCGACUCUCGACUACAGCCAUAUCUUCAUCCACGAUGGUGACCUUGGCCCUGUUUUGGGUGCUUUGGGAAUCAAUGCCCUCCGUUGGCCCGCCAUGGGAUCCAACAUUGCCUUUGAGAUUUGGGAAACCGAGGCCAAGAAGAACCCCUUCUAUGCUCGCGUUUUGUACAGUGGUCAGCCUGUUCAAACCAUUCACGGUGUCAUGGACUGGGUUCCUCUCCAGGACUUGAUCGAUAUCUUGAAUGUCUAUGUUCCCGAUGACAUCGCCACCCUGUGUGGAUAA